GCCCCUGCUGCUGGGGCUGGGCCCCCACCCCGGGACUCUCCCGCCCGGGAACUGUGCGUGCCCCUCUCCGGGGGCCGGCCCUGGCCAGGCCCCACCCCGCUGGGUGGCCAGCGGCUCCUGCCCAGGCGCAGCUCCCGACCCAUACGCUGCGCGAUCCCAUGGCAGCCGGGCGGCUGGCGGGGCUACAGGCGCGGCCGCUGGACGCGGCGGAACCGCUGGUGCUAGGCUCGCUCCUGGGCCGCGUACUGCUGGUGAGCAACGUGGCGUCGCUCUGAGGCACCACGGCCCGGGACUUCGCCCAGCUCAGCGAGCUGCAGAGGCGCUAUGGGCCCGGGCUGGCCGUGCUGGCCUUCCCCUGCAACCAGUUCGGCCACCAGGAGAACGCUACCAAUGAGGAGAUCCUACUUUCCUUAAAGCAUGUCCGCCCUGGCAAUGGUUAUGAGCCCAACUUCACCAUGUUUGAGAAGUGUGAUGUGAAUGGGGCAAACGCUCACCCACUCUUCGCUUUCCUGAAAGAGGCACUGCCUUUCCCACAUGAUGAUCCAAUGUCGCUGAUGACCAACCCACAGUACAUCAUCUGGUCUCCAGUGUGCAGGAAUGACAUCUCCUGGAACUUCGAAAAAUUCCUCAUUGGGCGUGAUGGCGUGCCCUUCAAGCGCUACAGCAGGCACUUUGAAACGAUCAAGAUCCAAGAUGAUAUUGAAAAGCUCCUUCAGCAUGUCCCAUAGAAUGUUCUCAACCAAGCCAAAGUCCUGCUGAAACUUUUCUCUCUCCUCAGCUCUGCUGUUAUCUCUGCUUCCUGUUGAGUCAUUCUGCUAGCCUUCUUGUCCCUAGCCUGGACUGCCUGCUCUUUCUGUGACCUCUUUGCUCUGCAAGUAAAAUGCUAUUGUCCAUGGAAAUUUUACUCAUGAAGGUGCUUCUUCCAAAUUCUUCAGGAGGAGCACUUGAUGUAUUCUGUAAAAGUUGCAUGUGAAUUUUUAGCAAACUACCACAGGGGAAGCAGCCCUGAGUCUGGGUAGCUUAUUGUGAGCCUUUGUGUUACUAAUACAAUUCCUGAAGACCAGAUAUCUGUCUUUUUCUGUGUAAGGUUACUGCCUGGUUAGCCAUGGGGUGUUGGGUAUUUGUGUCUCAUGGCUUCUUUAGUUUUGAAGGGCCAUGCAGAAGGGGCUGCCACAUUGCACCGUCAUUUUAAAGAUUUGAAUGGUCCCUUCUGGCCUUUGAUCAUCUUGUCUGACCUGCUUUAUAUCACUGGCCAUUAUAUUCCACCCAAUUACCCCUGUACAGAGCCCAAUAACUUGGGUUAGACUAAAGCAUUUCAGUCCCCAGAAAACUAAACUGUUGUGUGCCACAGACAGAGAACAGGAGAGGCUGAGGUGCCACCAAUGCCUAAGGGCCCUGCAAUGGCAGAGAAAUGAUAUAGGGAGUCAUGCCCAGCCUAGCAAUACACACCCCAUGCAUCAGAGGAAGGCAGCCGCUCCAAGUCUCAGCCAAUUGGACCUGGUAGAAAAUUCCUUCCUGACCCCAAUCAGAUGAUCAGUUUGCCCUUGAGCUUGUGAGCAUCCUUUGUAAAGUGAUCUGCUAGCUCACUAGUGUACUGGACCCUGGUUCAGAAGCUCUGCAAGUAUAGUGCCUGAUAUCAGGUUGUUUGUGUUACAGUUCAGGGCAACUGCACCUGUAUUUCCCUCUGUGGCCCAGCAAGGGCACCCACUCCAGGGUACUCAGGAAGGUUCCUCCUUGGGCAGUCUCUCUCUGCCUCCUGACCCAGGUGUUUCCAGACUGCACAGCUCCCUGCCUGGACUGUGACCUCCCCAGCAACAGCUGGCUGCCUAAAUCAGCCUGCUGUACUUUUCUCCUCAGAGACAGUAAUCAGUGUAAGUACCACAGUUAGACUACCCCACAGCUCUUUCUACGCAAGGACAUGUAUUCCUAAGGUAACAGCAUUACAGAGAAAACAUACUAUUAAAAAAAAAAAAAAAAAACCCUAAAUGCCUACUAAUCAACUUAUCUCUGGCUGGUGAACAGUCCUUCAAACCCCACCUAGAAAUUUUCCUGUGGUUCCUCGUGCUCGGUACAAGAACCCUCAUGGGUAAGUCAGUUACUCCUUUAUACAGCUGGUCUUUGAACUGUUCUCCUGUAACAGGUGAGCAGCAGACAAGAGGUCCCGUCCCCUCCCAUACCCCAAGUAUGAAGCUUCAAAGGCUGAGCCCCUCGUGGGAGUUUGCAAUCUGCCUCAGGAUUCCACUUCACAUGUAUUUUCCACAAAGAUCAGUUGUGUCUGCUACGUUGUUCAGCAUCGGCUUCUGAAGCUCACAGUACUUGCCAGAGAUUGCAUUAAUUCUGUCUUCCUCCCAAAGAAUUUCCAGUUAAUCCCACAAUUACACAAACACUUUCAUUUUUAAUACAAUGAACUCCUAAAAUAUUGAAAAUUUCAAUUCAAUAUGGUUUGUGCAGGAUGUUGCAAGAAAUUGUAACAUCCUGCCUCUUGUCUAUGCCCUAGACAGGAGGCAGAGAACAAUAAACAAAAUUGAGUGGGGGACACUCUGCUUCUUAAACAGGGUCAUAUACAGCAUCAAGUAGAUCAACAUUAUUAUGUUUCAUGCACAAGGGACUUGUUAGACUACAACUUGUGGGAGAAAUGGCAUGGAGGAAAUAACAGAUAAGUACCAUAUCUUGUCUCUCUAACUUGGGGCUUGUGCAUGUGGGAAUGUUAUGCUAGUAGAAGAUAAGGUGUGAAUUUAAACUGAUAUAUGGGUGUAACUCCAGUGUGGGCAGUCAUGCUGGUAUAAGAAUGGCUUUUUUUGGGUUAGUGUAUGUCACUUGGGAAGGGUUUUACUCUCUUAUACCAGAAUAAGUGUCUGUGGAGGGUAUGUGAGAGUUAAUCUGUUUAACUCUAUUGGUAACAUUUUGUGGGUAGACAAGCACUGAUAUGUCAGGCCACAUAUGAGCUGCACUCUACUCCCCUGCAAUGGGUUGGGAAGAGGGGACAGUAACUUACUGAACAAGUUACUCCAGCAGCACUGUGUUUGGACAGUUAAAGGGAGUAGCUAAGUUAUGUUCAUGGCUUUUGGGGGGGGAGGGAGGUUGGCUGUCACAAAAGAUUUUUCCCAAAGGAAACAAACUAAUGCAGGAUUGGGUAAUCAAGGCACAACUGACUAGGCCCAUUUCUCAUGGGAAAUAGCAUCCUGUUCCCUAUGGGGAGGAACACCUAAUCCUUGCACAAAGCUGCCCACAAUGAGCCUGUUGCAAAGCCCUUGGGGGGGUGUGGGCGGGUAGCCUCUCCAUUGCAGUCUAGCUGAGGUGUGCCAAACACAAACAUUGGCUUGGGGAAGGGAGGAGGUGGUGUACUUAAAAAAAUAACACUACUUCAACUGCUACAUUUCUAAAUGGUUCUGCUUUCCUCAGGGAGCUUCUCUGCCUCUCCUGUACUAAUAAAAACGGUUUCCUUUCUCCUG